AUGGGCUCUUGGCUUCGCUUAUUAUACGGAGAACAACAGACAGCCCAUUUUGGUCGUAUUGAACGAUGAGCAGAGCAUUAUUGUGGUUAAUUUUGCCGGGCAUGGCAAUCCCUUUCCAUUCAGUCACUUAACGGCAACUUUCUUUACUGUUAUCGGAACUAUUUAAUUUGAGUUUGCCUCGAAGAUGGAACCAAGACAGAAGCUUCUAGCUGUUGUAGCUACCAGUCGAGGCACACAGAAGAAAGCACUGCUUGAAGCACAUCCAAUCCGACGACGGCCAGCCACAUGCAAUCCCGAAUACCAAGCCAACCAACCAUACCAAACCAGGCAGGCGUCAAGCGAUCCGAGCAGACAUCCCCGAAUUCUUCAAAGGCUUGGUAAAGAGGGGAAAUACCGCUGGUAGUGGAAGCGGCUUCUCACGCACGACACCAUUGCAUCACACCCCCCCAGCACACACCACAAUUUUGCCUACCUAUUCACUCGUAUCCUUUUGCGCCCUCACGCACUCUUGUCAAAAAAAUCCCUUCCCGCUCAAUCUACCCGCGCCUCAACACUUAGCUCGCUAUCCCGCAUCCAGUAUUUCCACAUAGAUCACUUUGCGCCAGUUCGCACUGUCAUGCUCUACCCAAGAGCAAAAGCACUGCAGUGUUGAUUACGAAAUCCAAAGUUACCUACCUCUUCGGGCACUUGAUGAGCCUGCAAUAAAUAUUCCCUUGAGCUUCCAACUCAGCCACCUAAGCUCUAUCCCGGCCUCCAAGUGUGAGAAUCAAUUCAACACAAGCUUUUUUAUUGUUCUUAUACCUCAAUCACCCCUGUUCCAGCUCAACACUUAUCAUCUCGAUAUAAACUUCCUCCUGAAUCAUUCAUCCCUGUCGCACACAGCGGAAGAGCUUGAAUAAGGGCGUAAGCAGCUAGUGAAAUCUCGAGAUGUCGUGGACUGUGAACAACGGGACCUUUGUUUCCACUAGGAGACAACAUCAGUCAUAUUCACCUCACAACUCUCGCGCAGGCACCAUGGUGGACGCUCCGAAAGAUCUCGUCAAGGAGAUCAAAGACCUUGAGGAGAUGUUCACUGUCGAUACUGCAAAGCUCAAGCAAAUCACCAAUCACUUUGUCGGCGAGCUUGAGCGGGGGCUGAGUGUAGAAGGCGGGGACAUUCCUAUGAACCCUACGUGGGUCAUGUCCUUCCCGGAUGGCUACGAGACCGGGACAUUUUUGGCCCUUGACAUGGGUGGUACAAACCUCCGGGUCUGCGAGAUUACGCUCACUGACCAGAAGUCGGAGUUUGACAUUAUCCAAUCCAAAUACCGGAUGCCUGAGGAGCUCAAGACCGGCCAGGCCGAUGAGCUUUGGGACUAUAUCGCCGACUGCCUGCUUCAGUUCAUCGAGACCCACCAUGGAGACCCAAAGAAGAUUGAGAAGCUGCCAUUGGGCUUCACUUUCUCUUACCCUGCAACCCAGAAUUACGUCGAUGAAGGCAUCCUGCAGCGAUGGACCAAAGGCUUCGAUAUUGCCGGCGUCGAAGGAAAGAAUGUCGCCCCAAUGCUGAUGAAGGCACUGUCUGAGAGGGACCGCGACCAGGGCGUGCCCGUCAAACUCGUGGCUUUGAUAAACGACACCACCGGCACCCUUAUUGCCUCAGCUUAUACGGAUACCCAGAUGCGUAUUGGCUGCAUCUUUGGCACUGGCUGCAAUGCUGCGUACAUGGAGGAAUGUGGUUCUAUUCCCAAGCUGGCGCAUAUGAACCUGCCCCCAGAGACGCCCAUGGCUAUCAACUGUGAAUGGGGCGCUUUCGAUAACCAGCACAAGGUUUUGCCGAGGACCCCUUACGACGUCAAAAUCGACGAGGAUUCUCCCCGCCCUGGACAACAGGCGUUUGAGAAGAUGAUCGCCGGAUUGUACCUGGGAGAGAUCUUCCGUCUUAUUCUGGUUGAUUUGCAUGAUAACCACGAGGUCCGCAUCUUCAAGAACCAGGACAUCUCCAAGUUGCGACGUGCCUACACCCUCGACUCAUCGUUCCUUUCAGCUAUCGAGGAUGACCCCUGGGAGAACCUGUCCGAGACAUUGGACCUGUUCCAAGACAAGCUCAACUUGGUUCCUAACCGGAACGAGCUCGAACUCAUCCGACGCACUGCGGAGCUGAUUGGAACUCGAGCUGCUCGGCUUUCAGCGUGCGGUGUGGCCGCAAUCUGCAAGAAGAAGAACUAUCGGUCCUGCCACGUGGGCGCCGAUGGAUCUGUCUUCAACAAAUAUCCCAACUUCAAGCAGCGGGGUGCCAAGGCCCUGAGAGAAAUCCUCGACUGGCCCGCAAAGAAGGACCCCAAGGAGGAGGACCCUAUUGAGAUCCUUGCGGCUGAGGAUGGCAGUGGUGUAGGUGCCGCGCUCAUUGCUGCGUUGACGAUAAAGAGGGCCAAAGAGGGUAAUUUCCACGGCAUCAGCAACCCAGAGAACUUUAAGUGAGGCGCCGGUUUGUCCCUCAACGAGAUUCGGCGUUUGUUGGUUUCAUGAUGCACCACGCCAUUGCAACAAAUCAUGAACCAAUCCCAUGCGCAGCUACCCAGAUUGUAGAGCUUGAUAGAUUUGUCCGCCCUAUGUUCCGAGGAACACCCUAAAACCUCUUUACCGUCCCUUCCAAGAUCUAUGUACUUGUGCGGAUAUCGUGAAAUAAUUAUGGAAUGGGUUGAGAGCUAUUGUGUUGCAGAAUUACUUUGUGAGACACCACGUGGAUGAGAUAACUAGACUAGUGGCAGUACUGAACACAAGUCUGGAUCAUCAGCCCAAAAAGGUGCACACUGGUAGACGAUAAUCUGCCAAAGUCCAGUACCUCCUCUUAACACCCUCCCAUUCUCCUUUACCAGCCUCCGCCAUUCGCUCCAUGUCAACAGGGACGUCGGUCCAGUCGACAUCGAGCCCUGCCUCGGCUAGAUGCAUCUCGGAGACGUUGAUGUAAACAUCGUAGCAAACUCGCCUGUCGGCUCCCAGUCCGUUAAAGAAACCAAAUCGACCCUCGGCAUCAAGCAGACCCGGGAUAAACUCGGUAAAGAACAGGCGGAGCUGGCUGUAGUCCUCGCCAAAUGUGUCAAAGUAGAUUGCGUCGUAUACCUCUCCGGCUUCGAGGAGUUCACGGCAGACGUCUUGCCAUCUGCCUUGAUGCAUCUUGAAGGCGCCCGGUUCGGGCCCGGACUCUUCCCAAGCUGCGCCGAACUUUGAAUCCGGUGCGGUCUUUGCAUGCUGAAUCACGGCGGGAUGUGCCUCUAUGAUGUGGUGCCGAGACGGCUUUGUGGCCGCAAACAUACUGUCG